CGGCUCUUAUUUCGCGUGGGGCGAACCCUAACCUGUACCGGUACUGUACGCGGCGCGUCUCUCGGAGAUGGGAGUAUGCGGCGCUGAUGGUCCAUUGACGUGUCGUAGUUGGCACGAGCGUACACAUGUAUACACGCGCGCGUUCAUAUAUUACGUUAUUGCAUGACUCGAAUGAUGCUGCUCUUUUACACGUUGUUGAAGAGUAGAAAACAUAACCUCGACACUUUGACACUUUCCCCCCACGUGUAAUAAAUUUUCUUUUGCCCUCUGAAUGUGCCGUCUUGAGAUUACAAUAAUUAAAUAAAAACCCAGUAGAAGGGUUUUCUGCAGGCCUCAUAGAUGACAAUGACAUAUAUCGGUGGGAAGUACUCAUUAUUGGACCUCCGGAUACAUUAUACGAAGGUGGUUUCUUCAAGGCACAUUUACAGUUUCCAAAAGAAUAUCCACUUAGGCCACCACGAAUGAAAUUUAUAACCGAAAUAUGGCAUCCAAAUAUUGACAAAAAUGGAGAUGUGUGUAUAUCGAUACUGCAUGAACCUGGUGAUGACAAAUGGGGAUACGAGAAAGCAUCCGAGCGGUGGUUACCAGUUCACACAGUCGAAACUAUUCUGAUAAGUGUUAUUAGCAUGCUCGCAGAUCCUAACGAUGAAAGCCCUGCUAAUGUGGAUGCCGCCAAAGAGUGGAGGGAAAGUUAUACGGAAUUUAAAAGAAAGGUGGCGAGGUGCGUAAGAAAAAGCCAAGAAGAGUGUUUGUAGGGGAUGAACAAAUAUACAAAUGGAAAGACUUAUUUAAUUCUGGAAAGCCGUAAGCAGCACUGUAAAAAAGAAACCGAUGCUCAGCAUAAAGCUAACGGACAGCAGUGCCACUAAAAGCGGAAUAAGCCUGACCUAUCCUUAUGCAGAGAGAAGAAGACAGAGUGUGUGUGAACGCGAGAGUAAAGCUCAUGCUGCUCUAUCAUGUUUAUUAAACCAUCGCCACCAACAUAUGAUCCAGAUCCAUCAAAACGGAGAACAUAAAAGAAAUACACACGCAAUUCAUCUUUUACAUAAUAAACAGCUAAAGAAAAUUAAUUUACACAUAUACAUAAAGCAAAAAAAUCAUCUCUGUAUAAUUACUACCUUAAUAUUAAUAGUUCUUAUAAACUCUUAACUCUCCCCUGCCCCUCCUAUGCUCAAGAAUUACCCUGACCCCUUUGGAUCGAACCUUGUAAUUUAAAAUAAUAUGUUUACGUUUAUCUCAAUAAUAA